GUCCCGCGUUCUGUUUACCGCACUCUCCACCCUCGCCCUUCCCUCGUGCCCCAUCCCCGCUGCUUUUCGUGCCAAGAAAAACUCCACCUCCUUCCUCCUCUCCUCUUAGCCCAUGUACCCUGCCUCCCCCUCUCUCCCCUCCUCAGAUUCGCGCUUCAAAUGGCGUAAGAGGAAGCGAUGCAGUAAUCCCAAGCGCCUGAAGCCCCACGACAACGGCGAGGACGACGACGACGACGACGAAGACGAGGCCGCUACAAGGGAGGUGGCAGAAGAGGAUGAAGACCAUGACUCCCAGGCCAACAAUCCGUCCUCCGACCCCGUCCUCGACCUCCGUGAGGCCGAAGUUCUCCCCGACACCGGCCAACGCAUCUCUGACUUCCCCGCCGUCCUCCGCCGGUUCGUCAAUCGCCCCCACUCCUCCGUCCUCGACCUCGUCGCCGCCGAGCUCUCCCUCUCCUCCUCCUUCUCUGCUUCCGCCGGCUCGAGGCCUUGGGCCGCUCCCCUUCUUGAAAACAUCUCCCACGGCCAGCUCCAGGCUCUCUCCACUGUCCUCCCGGACAACCCCUCAUUGCUCCAGCCGCCCGAUCUCGACAAGCCCUCGGCCUAUGUCUGCACUCCACUGCCACACAUGGAAGGGAAGGGCGUCGUGAAGUGGCUUGGGAGGGAGCAACACAUGGUCCUCCCCAUGCAUGCUGACUGGUUCUCGCCAAUGACGGUGCACCGGCUGGAGAGGCAAGUGGUACCGCACUUCUUCUCGGGGAAGUCGAGCGACCACACGCCAGAGAGGUACAUGACGCUACGGAACAAGAUAGUGUUCAAGUACUGGGAGAAUCCUGGAAAGAGGCUAUCUUUUGUUGAUUGCCAGAGGCUUGUUGCCAACAAAGAGCUUUACGAUCUGAGCCGGAUUGUGCGGUUCCUGGAUCAUUCCGGAAUCAUUAAUUACCUCGCCACCUCGUCAAUGCAUCGCGGGCUCAGAAUGGCUGGUUCUCUUCUAAAUGAGGAAAGUACCGGGGAGCUUCAGCUAAAGACUGGACCUCUGAGAUCCAUUGACAGUCUGGUGUUGUUUGAUAGGCCAAAGUGUAGUCUUAGGGUGGAGGAUUUCGCUUUGCUGUCAUCUUCGUCUUCUUCUGCAUCACUGGAUUCUGAUUCUGGACUUUCUGAUUUGGACAAUAGAAUCCGGGUGCGGCUAUGGGAACAUGCAUGCAAUUACUGCUCUCGGCCUCUGCCCAAUUUGCACUAUCAGUCACAGAAGGAGGCUGAUGUAAUGCUUUGCUCAGACUGCUUCCAUGAUGCAAAAUUUGUUACUGGUCACUCAAGUUUAGAUUUUCUGAGAGUGGACUCCAAGAAAGAUACACCUGAUCUUGAUGGGGAUAGCUGGACUGAUCAGGAGACGUUGCUGCUGCUAGAGGCCUUGGAGAAAUAUCAUGAUAACUGGAACGAAAUUGCAGAGCAUGUGGGCACCAAGUCAAAAGCACAAUGUAUUCUUCACUUUGUUUGUCUUCCAAUGGAGCAUGGUCUACUAGAAAAUAUUGAGCUAUCACACAUGUCUGUUGAAUCUGAUUCUUUGAAAGGGCAUGAGCCUGGAUUGCCACAUGAGACUGGAUUGCCAUGUUCAGAUUCUAUUUGUGAUACCACAGAAUUAAAUUCAGGCGACCAGAUUCCGUUUGCUGAUUCUGCAAAUCCAGUUAUGUCGCUGGUUGCAUUUUUGACCUCGGCAAUUGGACCAAGAGUUGCUGCAGCCUGUGCUAGUGCAGCAUUAUCUGUCUUGACUAAAGAGGGCCACAGGUUGAGUUCUGAGAGCAUGCAUUCUGAACUUGGUGCUCAUGGAGCACAUGCAAACUUUGGCCGCCAAAAGGAUGAAUCUCCUGAAGAUCCGGUGCCAUAUGCUAAAAAAAAGGCUCCUUCUCCUUUUUCUUCUGAACGUGUAAAACUAGCUGCCAAGGGUGGUCUGUCUGCAGCAGCAGUGAAGGCAAAACUAUUUGGGGAUCAAGAAGAGCGUGAAAUUCAGAGACUGGCUGCCAUUAUCAUAAAUCACCAGUUAAAGAGGUUGGAGUGGAAGCUGAAACAGUUCGCAGAGGUGGAAACCAUUCUGCUGAAGGAAUGUGAACAGGUGGAGAGGGCAAGACAGAGGCUUUUGAUGGAGCGUGUUCGGAUGAUGUCAACCCAGUUUGCACAAGCAGGAACUACUCUACCAGCUGCAGCUGCUGCUGGUAUGAAUACGACCGCAGCACAACCAACCAUACCAGCCUCAGCUGGGCAGGCAAACGUCUCAUCAGAAUUUGGCAAGAAUCUGCCCGGGCAUCCUCAGAUGUCCUUUAUGCAACGACCACAGCCAUCUGGUUUUGGACUCCGCUCGACUCUCCCAGCAAUCCUCCCAUCUCCUUCUGCAUCCUCUCCAAAUGUUAUGUUCAGUUCUGGUAUGCCAAACACUUCAAAUCAUCAUUUGUUGAGAUCCUCAUCAGGAAAUAAUUCAAAUAUCGGUUAAAACAGGUGGUUUUGGGAUGGGGGUUCCAAUACUGAGCUGUAUGGAUUACGUUAGAGCCUUUGCAUAGUGAAGUUGUAUCAUUUCUUGCUGUAAUUUUCGAAAUAUUACAGGUUUUAGUCUUUGUUCUUUUCCUCUCCCUUGGAACAUGCAAUAUCUAAGAGUUCGAGCCA